AUGGCUCCUCCGUCCAAGCUCGCUAUUGCAACUGGCGUCGUGACCCGCCUUGUCAAGGAAGAAGCAAGCUACCACAAGGAAAUCGAGCAGCAAGAGGCGCGCAUCAAGAAGGCCGAGACCAGUGAGGGCGACGAUAAUGCUGAGUACACCUUGAGGCAAGAGCGUCAAGCCCUCCAAGAAACCAAGAAUGUUCUGCCUGGCAUGAAGAUCAAGAUCGAGCAGGCAGUGGAGAAGCUGGAGGAGGAGCUGGAGAACAACAAGGAAGGCGGCGGCCAGGCAUCACCAGAGGAAGUCACCAAGGCGAAAGAGGCUGUUGAGAAGGGCAAGGCAGCCAUGCGUGAGGCCGCUUAG